AUGAGUGUAGUAAAUGAAUCGUUUCUCUGGUCUUCUGCUGCUACUGCUGUGUUUCGCUGGAAUAUUAUGAUAGUAUUGCUGAAAUGGGAGGGUGGUCUGGAUUUGAAAACGCAGGAAGCGGCAUUACGACAACGUCCAGACAUUGUAAUUGCUACACCAGGACGACUGAUUGAUCAUUUACAUAAUACUCCUAAUUUCUCACUUGCUGAUGUGGAGAUUUUGGUUCUGGACGAGGCAGAUCGAAUGCUGGACGAGGCUUUCGCUGAUCAAAUGAAAGAAAUUAUGCAUUUAUGUGCGCAAAAUAGGCAGACGAUGCUGUUCUCAGCCACAAUGACAGAUCAUGUUGAAGAAUUGGCCGCUGUUUCGUUAAAAAAUCCAGUAAAAUUAUUCAUCACUAGCAAUACGGAAACAGCUGUGAAUCUUCGGCAGGAAUUCAUACGUAUACGAGAAAAUCAUGAAACUGAUCGGGAAUGUAUUGUAGCAGGCCUAGUUACACGGAAUUUUCCUGACCAUACAAUUAUAUUCGUGAAGACGAAAAAAACUUGUCGGCGACUCCAUAUUAUACUGGGUUUAUUGGGAGCUAAGGUUGGUCAACUGCACGGUGGUUUAACGCAAAAACAACGUGUUGAGGCAUUGUUUCGAUUUAAAAAAGCGGAACUUGAUGUAUUAGUUUCAACAGAUCUCGCAGCAAGAGGACUUGACGUGGAAGGUGUUAAGACGGUCAUUAAUAUGGAUAUGCCCACUACGCUGAAGCAAUACGUUCAUCGAGUUGGUCGAACUGCUCGAGCGGGUCGUGUAGGACGAUCUAUUUCUUUGGUGGGUGAAAGUGAAAGAAAAAUUCUGAAGGAAAUUGUAGCUUCGAAUAGAGGGAGCUCUUUGAAGCAGCGACUCAUCAGUGCCAAUGUGAUCGAAGCUUAUAAGAACAGGCUUAAGAAUUUAGAAGAAAGUAUUGAAAGAAUUAGAGAGGAGGAAGAAGCAGAAAGAACUCUGCGACUUGCGCAGGAAGAGUUGCAAAGAGGUAAAGCAAGACUGGAAGGGAAUGUCGAGAAACGACGUUGGAUGAAGUUGCAGAAACCGUUGAUUGAUGCGAGGAAAAGCAAGAAUCGUGAUGAAAUCGGUGAAAGCAAUGAGGUAAAGUUUUUUAAGCGGUCUUCGCGAAAAGGGAUGGAAGAAUUACGAGCUCAGCGAAUAGCAGAAUUUCAAGUGCGUGCAGCAAAGCGUGUAAAAAAAGGGAAAAAGUUACGAGUUGUUAGGGAAAACAGUGACCGUGGUGCGAAUGGAGAUAGAAAGAAACGGAAAUUAGGGAGUUCGUUCACAAGCGAAUUAACAGACGUGAGAAAGAAAGCCAUAAAACGAUUUAGAUAUGGGCUUGAAAAUCGAACCUUUGAUUUUCGCAGUAUAGUUCAAAGCGUAUAUGAUUACGAAUUGUCAUUCAGUGAAGUGCGUCAACUAAGAACGAUUCGUUCAAUGGUGAAAGAAGCUCAUAAUUAUGUUCUAAGUAGUACCGUCAUCUAG